UCGUUAUGUCAAGAUGAGUCCAUCGUGCAGAAGAUCAGAAGAAAACCCUUAUGGCAACAUUUCCUAUAACGGAAAUUGAUUUGAACUGGUCCAGAUGCUCAAUAUUCAUCACUGGAGGUUGACAUAAAUUCCAGACUGCAGUUAUGACUGAGCUGCUGAAACUUCAGGAGAACAAACACUCUGUGUGAAUUCACUGGCAGUUUCAGCUGGAGCCCUACGAUAACUCUGAGUUCCUCCCACAGCUCAAUCUGUACAAUCUGGUCUGGGAGGUGAGCAACAGUUUGAAGAAGAGGGACAUUGAGUUUGAGGCACGACAGUUCCUCAAGUCCCCAAAGACCAGGCCUCCUCAGUUCAGUUUCCGUGCGCUCUCCUGCGCCUUUUUCUGAAACCUUUGACUUCCCACUUGAUUUUUGGCGAGAAAUCAAACAAUGGAGUUUCCCACUCUUCUCCCCGACGACCUGGGGCUUUUCAGCGAGCGCUACGCGGUGUCAGGAACUCCUGUCGAUGUCACAUUCUCCGAGGAGCUGCUGCCGCUGCCUGCCGGGAGCAACCGGACCAACGGGGCUGAAGGAAGGAGUACUUCAAGUCUCAUCAUCGCCGUGUGCAUCACUUCUCUCUACUCUCUCAUUUGUGUGGUGGGACUGCUGGGAAACGUGCUCGUAAUGUACGGGGUGGUCAGGUACACCAAGAUGAAGACGGCUACCAACAUCUACAUCUUCAACCUGGCUCUCGCCGAUGCCCUCGCCACCAGCACGCUGCCCUUCCAGAGCGCCAAGUACCUCAUGAGCACCUGGCCCUUCGGGGAGCUGCUGUGCAAAGUGGUCAUCGCCAUCGACUACUACAACAUGUUCACCAGCAUCUUCACGCUCACCAUGAUGAGCGUGGACCGCUACAUCGCUGUGUGUCACCCGGUGAGGGCCCUGGACUUCCGCACGCCCGCCAAGGCCAAGCUUAUCAACAUCUGCAUCUGGAUCCUGGCCUCUGUCAUCGGAGUGCCUGUGAUGAUCGCUGCUGUUACCAAGGUGACGGAUAAAGGAGCCACCGCCUGCACACUCAGAUUUCCCAAACCUGAGUGGUACUGGGACACAGUGAUGAAAAUCUGCGUGUUCAUUUUCGCCUUCGUCGUGCCCGUCCUGGUCAUCACCAUCUGCUACGGCCUCAUGAUCCUGCGGCUCAAGAGUGUCCGCCUCCUCUCCGGCUCCAAAGAGAAAGACAGGAACAUGCGGCGGAUCACCCGCAUGGUCCUGGUGGUCGUGGCGGCCUUCAUCAUCUGCUGGACCCCCAUCCACAUCUUCAUCAUUGUCAAGACAAUGGUGGAUAUUGACCACAAGGACCCCCUGGUAGUGGCCAGCUGGCAUCUGUGCAUCGCUCUGGGCUACACCAACAGCAGCCUCAACCCCGUGCUGUACGCCUUCUUGGACGAAAACUUCAAGAGGUGCUUCAGGGACUUCUGCCUGCCCUAUCGCGCCCGUCUGGAGCAGAGCAGCUUCACUAGAGCACGCAACAGCACGCGGGAGCCCGCCUCCAUUUGUGCUCCCGCGGUGACAGAGAGACCGCCGGCCUGACUAGGCGUGGGUCCGUUGGCGGGGGGGACAGUUCAUGAUGACCUCCAGACUGACGUCACACAGAUUUCCACUACAGGAGUAUGAGUCGGCAGACAUAUACAGCAGGCCUGAGGACGAAGUAUUGAUUGUGUGUUUGAACUCACGUAAUGAAACGCCCGUGUCCAACAUGCAUUCAUGAGACAUAAUCCCUAAUGGAGUGGCUUUCAGGAUGAUCACAAACAUGCAUGUGUGGGCGUACGCAUAAGGAAAUGGAUACGAACGUAAAUUCAAUCUAAGAGUGUGUAGAAAGCGCACAUACACACAUACAGUAGUUGGAGUUAACGUGCAUUACAAAUGUUGCUUUAUUUUGGUCCAAUAAUGACUAAAUAUGAAGUUAAAGUUUCAGUGUAAAGAAGCUGGAUUAAGAGUUCAAACAACUGAGUAUCCCUCCACUACCUCACCUCCCAUUAGCAGUGUGAAGGAGAACCUACCUUCAGCUAACAUACAGUAAAUACAUAAAAGACUCUCUCUAGAGCCAGUGUUUGGUUUGUCCAUUCUGGGCUACAGUAGAAACAGGGCGGUGCCAACUCGGUGGAAGGGACUCGCUCCUGACGUAGAAAUGAAGGCCUUAUUCUACCUAAACGAAAACACGAUUCUAAUUAUAAUUAAUUAUACACAAAGAAAAGCACAAUUAUGAGUUGUGAGCUUUUAACAUUCGUGUGUAGGUCUUAGGUGAACAAUGAAGGGCUCGUAGAGUACACAGUCGCACAAUGAUCCGAUUGUUCAGGGAGGGACGACAUUGAUCUUAAACACACAGACAAGGCAACCUGAGUCUGUUUAAAGCCAAACAGUGGCCUGAGAUUGCUUGAGUCAGUCACCUGACCUCCCACAGAUCAUGUUUUCCACUUGAUGGAGACCUGAGUGACUGAGAAAACACCGCUGUCACAGCAGGAGGUGAGAAUGGCUUAUGUGAGCAGGUUAAAUAGUGUUUUUUCCCCAAGUUUGGCGGACUGGAGGAUAAAGUGGGUUUGAAAAGCCUGUUUGAAAACAUCUAACGGCUGAAAACUACAUUACCACGGUUUUAUUAUUACAAGCAGCUUUUAGUCCAUUGUUCAUAAACACUAAAAUGCUUUUAUAGCUAAAGUUGAAUUUGAUUUGGGACUUAAACCUCUAAGUGUUUAAUUUCUCAUCCAGUGCACCGUGGAGUACAGAGGCAACACACUGAAAUAUGCAUAUCUGUCCUAAUUCUUUUCUGGCUGUAUUUUGUGAAUGGUAAUAGUAUUGUUACAGUAGUACAGACAAAGUAACAGAUCUAUCUCUGAGGUCAGAUUCUAUAUGAAGACAAGGACAUUUUUACAUUCUGCUACAUUGUGAAAGAUGUCUGGCACUUCCAGUGUAUCACUUCUCUGGCAGUUUGGCUGCUCUGUUUUUUCUUUUGCACAAUCAAACAUUCAAAUGACAGAGCAACAAGACACAGUAGGUUCAACGUACAGUGAUAUGACCCCGAACUGGCAUGGAGGCAGGCCAAAACUGGAUCAGAUGCAUUGACAUACAUGUCGACUGGUAAUUUUCCUCUGAUGAUUGUCGGACAGUUUUGUGGACAUGCCUUUACACAUUUUAUGGGACCAGUCAAAUGGACGGCAGUGAUUUUGCCCCUCAAGAGAUGCAGGUUAAUUUAAAAAGGGUAGAGCUCUACAGUAUAUACUGUAUCAAGUAUAACAUUGUUAUGUAACAGCAUAUUAUUAAGUGGUAAUGUGUUUUUUGUUUGGUUAAGCUAUUGUAACAUUAAGCUUCACUUGUAAUUAAUUAGUAGAGUUGAAUGUUAUUUAACUAUGUAUUUUUGAUGAAGUGCUACUCAUACUAGGAAAAGCAUUCAUACAUUUUCAAAACAAAUCAAUAGUUCCUGUCUCCUGCCUGGACUGUAUCUGAUUUUUUUUUUACAACCAUUCCUGUAAAUACAUUAUUUAUGUGGAUGUUUUUCUGCUGAAUGAAAAUCUGUACCGUAAUGCCUUAUUCAGCUUUCUGUUUGGUUCUCUUUGCAAAAAAAGUGAAUUGUUUUGUGGAGAAAGUGAUUGAUCUUCAUACAUUUGUAUAUCUUGUUGUUGUUGCAGCAAACACAGUAUACAAAAAGUAUCUUAUUGUACUAAUAUAACAACUGCUUUGUGUCCAUUUUGGAGCAUAAAUUGAAAUACUGCAACCUGUCGAUAACGCUCCAUUUUGAAUCCAAUGAUUUAUUUUCUGUGAUCGUUCUUACAGGUGUUGUAAACAUUACCCUCAUGAUCUGUAAAUGCCAGUGAGGCCUUCAGGGAGUCACACAUGUAAUUAGUCGGUAUGAUGACAUAUGGAUUACAGAUUCGGCUCAGCAGCGUUUGACCUGGAAGCCCCUGGUGGCUGCAGGAAGCUGGGGGCUAAGGGAGGUGGAUACAAUACAUCUAAAAUGAGAGCGUAAAUAUGACUGGACACAAACACAACUUAAAGUCAGGGAUGAUAUUGGAGUUUCCAGACAACAGACACCCUGGAGAAGUAACUCAUUAAACAAUAUAUAAAUCAA